ACGCGAAUAUAACACAUAAAGAGCGUCCAAGCCAAACUAAAAGCCGAGCACUCGAAAUCGAUUCCUGGCGCCCAAUAGUAUCCGUCGAUUUAGGUCGCCCGGUUCGAACCGAGCGAGAUAUUUUUAUGGCUGGUGUGCGGUGCAGACUUACGAAGUUACGAGCGUUUCGGUCACGUUGCUACUUACAUGAAUUAUUAUAGCAGCGUAGAAUCGUAAAACUCAUUCCAUAAACAAUAUCGAGUGCGUUGAGCGCAAACGAUUUGGCCUUCGUAGAAUUUUACGGCACGGUGAUCGAAGGCAGAUGUGAAUGAAUCGGUGUUGUAAUAUUAGCAUUUAAGCGGAAAUUGUUGUCAUUUUUGUAAGUGCAUUUGGUAGUAUUUGGUGCGUGAGGUUGUGAAAAUGCAUCAUCUGUAUCCGCUGGCGAAGGGCGAUCCGUUGUGCCCUUUGGGAUUCCAUCCUCAAGUGCGGUGGCCGACGCGAUGCAAGCGUUGCUUUCGCGACUACAAGGAACACGGCGGUAAAAAGAAGGACGAUGAUUUUACCUCAUCCACACCGAGCCUCUCCUCUUGGAACUCGCCAUCGUCACGGGGACGUGACGAAGAAAGCGCAGACGUGGGGAAGGGAACUCGCGGCUGGGCCUCCAGCUCAAAUCUCAGCACUACAGAGACAUCCAAGAAAGACGCCUUCUCUACGGGGUUCAGUAGAACCAGUACAUCGUGGACGUCGACGCCGGACUUGGGAGCUAACGAGGGCGAUACUUCAACCGCUGUUACAGUCAGCCUCAAAUUGCCUAAACGUAGAAGUACAGGGCCCCUACCUUCAUUAGACACGGGCCAAAAUAAUACAGAAACGGUGACGGUUCGUCGACCAUCCGCGUCCCCGCCACCUCCUGCCGUACAAUCCACCGCCGUGAUUACCAUCAACAAAAACGAUUCCCUAGCAGAGCGGGUGCGAAAGAUGCAGUUAAUUAAAGCUCAAAGUAGUUUCGACAAAGAGUCAAGUAUUGAAAAAGAAAGGGAGAAACGAAGCACAUCAAGAAGUAAAGAAGAAGAAAAAUCCACACGACAAAAGGAAGAACGAAGUAGUGUUAAAGAGGACGUUAACUUUUUAAUGCAGGUUAAAAGUAAUCGAGCCAGUACAAAUUCCAAGCCUCCAAAACGUGGCGGUCCUGUACGCGACAAAGAAGACGUAUCCGACGAUGAAGCGAGUACAAUAGGCACCGUUACCACAGACACUGAAACAACUCUCAUCGAUCCAAAUAUUAAGGAUUAUCAGGACCAAAUCGAAAGCUUAAAAGGAGAAGUAGACCUUUUAAGGAAACGGUGUGAACGAGUAGAAAAAGAGAAAAGUGAUAUACUACUUCGAAGGUUAGCAAAUAUCGACACAACAAAUAAAUAUUCUACCAGUCGAUCUUCCGAAGUCUUAAAAUUACAGCAAAAAGUGAAUGAGCUUACCGCGCAAAAUGAAGAUCUAAGAGAUGAGAAGAAACACUUGACCUUAAAAAUUAAAGAAAUAGAAGUUGAACUUGACUCUCGGCCAUCAAUGGAAGCUCAAACACGUCAAAUAGAACAGCUUAGAGCAAAAUUACUAGCCGCAGAAACUCUAUGUGAAGAAUUAAUGGAUGAGAAUGAAGAUAUGAAAAAGGAAUUACGCGACUUGGAAGAAGAAAUAGAAGAGAUGCAAGACAACUUUAGAGAAGAUCAAGCGGAUGAGUAUUCCUCACUACGAAGAGAAUUGGAGCAAACAAUAAAGAAUUGCAGGGUUUUAUCCUUUAAGUUAAAAAAGACUGAACGAAGAGCUGAACAGCUUGAGCAAGAAAAAGCUGAUCAAGAGAAGAAGCUUUUAGAAAUAGUAGGAGGCGCGCAGGGCCUUCAGCGUGAAAACCGAAUUAAGGAACUUGAAAAAGAGGUGUCGCGCUCAAACGAAGUUGCAUUACGUUUACAAAGAGAACUAGCAGAAGCUAAUGCUAAAAUAGCUGCUGCUUCGGGUGCUCCGCCUGCCAAUGUAAAGAGGCAAGCCUUAAAUGACGGAAAAGUAUCGCGAUCAUCACUGACGCGUGGAGGCAGUCAGGAAGAUCCUGCGCAGUUACUGCGUGAUUUGCAAGACUCCCUCGAGCGAGAAGCAGAUUUAAGGGAACAAUUGCGGAAUGCUGAAGAAGAGGCUAGUCGAUAUCGAAGACGGUUCGCGGGCAAACAGACACUACCGCUACUGAAAGAUUCAUCGCCGUCAACGCUUCACCUCACAGCCAAUCUUGCUGCCAAUGCCGACGAAGAUAAAUCUAUUAAGCGAAUACUAGAAAUGCAACAUAAACUAGAAAGAAAUCUAUCCUCUUUAGAUAUAAGUAAAUUUACAAUUGGAAUAAAUCAAACUGUACAGUCACCACAAGAUCUUAUACUAUCAUAUUCCGAAGGUUGUCAGACUGAUCCUAUGACUUAUAAUGAAGUUGCAACUGGUACUAAUAAAAUAACGUUAGAUUCAUGUUUACAAAGUGAUAUUCAAUCUUUAGAUAUGCAUUCACAAACAGAUAUUGCCUUUGUUAAAAACAAGAACGUCCAAACAGAUUUAUUCCUAUCACAUUCCUAUGCGCAAACAAGUAAAAAGAAAACCAGAAAUUUUUUAGCCCAAACUGAUAUUAUACAUAACGACAAAUCUGUUCAAAUCGGAAAUGCAGAACAAACAAAAAAUGAGUACCAAACAUUUGAAGAAAACGGUACAUUAACCGAAAUAUCUGGAAUGGCGGAUUUAAAUAAAAAGAAUACAUUAGAAGACAAAGUAGAAACAAAUGAUAAAAACAAUAGGAUCAAAUCUGACAGCCCACCUCUUUCCUCUGAUAAAGCUACAUCGGGCCCUUCAAACCACAUACAAUUUCCUUUUGCUCUGUUUAAUCCGUUGGCAGCAAGAUUACCUAUUGUAGGUCGAAAGCUAUCCCCAACUCCGCCAACAAAUAGACUUUCUAUUGAGGCACCUAAUGAAAAAGACGAAGGUAUAUCGGAUGAAGAGGAUCCAGCUGAGUUAAGACUUCUACUGGAACUAAACGAGCAGGAAGCAGCCGUUUUACGAAAAAAAGUAGAAGACUUAGAAAUAGACAGAGAUUCAUUGAAGAAACAGGUUAAAGAACUCACAGAUAAGAUUGCCAGUGUUACCAAUAAACCAAAUACCCAUUCUACUGUCACCUUACGAAGAAAUACUACAAAAAAUAGUAACUUAGCCGAAGAAAAGGUUAAGGUGCUUGAAGAUGAAAUAGCUGAAGUAACAAAAAAGCUGAUAGAAAAGGAGAGGGACUGCGAAAGGUUACACGCUGAGCUCAGUCUAACUCAUAAGAAACCCAAAGCUUCACUAAUAAAAAGCAAGUCCCUAGAUGCAAACGAUCAACAAAAUUUAGAUUUAAAACGGCAACUGCAAGUAAUAGAGCAGGAAGCUAACGUUCUUAGAUCAAAAACUCAAAGUUUAGAAGCUGACAACGAAAAGUUACAAGCUGAAAAUAUAAAGUUGCAGCUACUUAAGAAUACUAAAACAUUAAGAACAGACAAAUCACUUGACCUUAACGUAAAUAAAAUAAGUAAACUAGAGACUGAACUAAAGGAGGCGUUGACAAAAAUCAAAGACCUAGAAAACACUAAAGAUAAGGAAGAUAAAUCUGAAAAGAAAGUUCGAUUUGGUGAGAUGGCUAAAAAAGAUAACGAUGCACUUAAAGUAAAACAAGAUGAAUUAGAUAAAUUAAAACUUAGCUUCAAUAAGUUGGAGAAGGAAAAAGUCAAAUUGCAAACCACUUUGAAGGAGUUAAAGGAGGAUGCCAUGAAAACAUUUAAACCUAGGACGCCCAAAAAAGUUACCGAUAUCACAACAAAGCUACAAAUGAAGAGAAUGAUUGAAGAACUUGAAAGUGAAAUUGGUGGUUUAUACGUUAUUAUGAAGAAUGCUGGUCUUUCAUCUCAAGAAAUAAAUGUUAAAGGACAAGUAGGGAAAGAUAUUGAAAGUCUAAAAUCCAAACUAUCAGAAAGUGAAACCGAGUUUACAAAUGAAAAGAACCGUUUACAUAGUGAAAUUGUAAAACUAAAAGACUUAAAUGCUAAAUUAGAAACAGAAAAAAAAACUCUUACUGAUAAAUGCAGAUCUUUAGAAGCUGACCAUGGUAAUGCUGCUACCGAUUGUAAAUCACUGACAGAAGAAAAGAAAAACUUAGAAACUCAAAUAGCUAAACUGAAUUCAGAAAUGAAAAAAAAUAGUUCACAACAGAUGGCAAUGUCAGACUGUAUGAAGAAAAUUGAAGACCUCAAAAAGGAAAUGGAUACAAAAGACAAAGAAAUUGAAAAAUUAAAAAAACAAGUAGAUGCCAUGACUAAAAUGGAACAGGACAAAAGUAAAUUGAUCAAAGAGGUGGGCGAUAAAGCUAAAAAGAUCGGUGAAUUAGAAAAAAAAUUAAAAGAAGCGGAAGACAAGUGCAAGCGGAAUGAAAAAAUGCUUGCCGCUCGUAAAGAUAAAGUUGCAAAACUAGAAAAAGAGCUUUCUGAAGAAAAAGAGCAAGCUGGAGCAUUAGCCGAUACAAAACGACGGAUGUCUGUUGACCUAACGAGUGAAAAAGAUGAAAUACAAACAAAGCUUUUUAAAUCUGAAAGUAAAUUGAUCACUUUACAGUCAGAUAUCAAAGAAAUGAAGUCAGACUAUGAAAAUAAAAUUUCAAACUUGGAAUCUACUAUAACCGCUAAAGAUAUUCACAUAAAACAACUGGAAGAUGUUUUACGAGAAACUUCCAACCAGAAAUAUGACGAAGCUAUAUCAUCAGUUGAAAUGGCUCAACUUAAAGAUAAAUAUGAUAACAUUAGUACAGAGCUUACAGAAAAGAAAGAGGAAUUGGUAAGAGUUAAAACAGAGCUCAGUAAUAAUGAAAAGGAUUUGUCUCUUCUUAAAACGGAAGCUGCACAACUUAGGUCUGAUAUAGCUAAAUAUGAAAAUGAGAAGAAAGAUUUGGAAAAUAAAUUGAAAACCGAGAAAAAAGAAAGUAGUUAUUGGGAACAAAAAGCAUCUGAAUCUGAUACUGAUUUACAGGCCGAAAGAAAAAAAAUUGACCGUAUACGAGCAAAUCAUGAUAAAGAUAUUAAAAAUAAAGAAGCAGAACUGGCAACGCUGAAAGGAAAACUAAAAGUUUUGGAACAGACUUCAGGUGCUGGAGCUAAAAGGUUGACAGAACUAAAACAAGAGCACGAAGAAACGGUGAAAAAAUUAGAGCACUCUUUAGCCGUUGAAAAGGCUGAAUAUGAAGAGUUAACAAGUAAAUACGAAUUGUUAGAGGAGGAACAUGUGGUCACUAAAGCAAGGCUUACAGUUGAAAAGGAAAAAGCGCAGAGCGACCUGAUUCAAGUACAACAAGAACUGAACAAAACGUUGGAGGAGCUUAAAACCCUGCAAGAUAAUUAUCAAAGUGAAUCGUCUGCAUGGAAUAAAGAGAAAUCUGAAUUACAGAAAGAGAUUUCAUCAUUACAAGACCGUUUGUGUGGUGGUGGAUGGGAAGUCGAGCGCGCAAGACUCACGGCACGACUUGAACAGCUUGAACGUGACCUACGAUCGGCUAAAGAAGGCCAUGAAAUGCUAUCUCAUCACCACGAUGUUGUUAAAAAAGAAUUGGAAGAGUCUCGUAAGAAACUUGAAGAUUACGAGAAAGUAAGCAAGGUCCACAGAACAUUAACAGCAGAUAACGUUGAGCUGGAGCGGGAACUUGCUGCAUUGAACACUAGGCUCGAACAAGCUGACAAGGCAAGGAGAAACGAAGUAGCUGAAACAAAAACACGGUACGAAGCUCAGAUGAACACGAUGAGAGAUGAGCUCAAAUCAUUACAUAACCAGGUAUCAAGGUUUAGGCGAGAGCGGGAUAAUUAUAAACAGAUGUUAGAUUCUGCUCAAAAGGUGGUAACCGAAAAGAAAAAUGGAGACAAAAGAGCACAAAGGAAUUCAAUAUCGAGCACCGAUGAGGAAGAAUAUCGCAAUAGAGUGGCCAUACUUGAACAACAGUUAGCAUGCGCGGAAGAUGAGUUAUGCGAAGCCCGCCUCCUUUCAUCCAAACUUAAUACAGAGCUUAUCAGCGAACGAUCCACCGCUGAAGUCCGCCUUGCUGAAAUGCAGUCCAGGUUAAAUGAGAAUGAAGAGGAACGAUUAAUGUCAUCUGGCAGAGCACGCGUGGCAGGUCUUGCUUCGCGCAUGGAGUUGGCUUGGCACAAAGAACGCGAUGAGCAGCAACGCUUGUUGCACGAAACCUCCACUCUUGCCAGGGACCUGAGGCAGACGCUAUUUGAAGUAGAACGAGAAAGGGAAAAGGAGAAACUAGAUAUGAAGCGAAGAUUAGAUCAGUUGAAGAGAACUACAGAGGAAGAAACUGAAGAGGCCAAGAAAAAGGUGACGGAGUUACAGUGCGAUUUGUUGGAACUCCGGGAUGCACACGCAAAGUUACGAACGGCCAAUGAGAAGCUUCGCCGUGAUAAGGAGCGUCACGACCGCGAUCGCGACCAGAACAAGUUGCUUGUGAUAUCACUGAAACGUGCACAGCAAGAAGACGAUAGGGUGAUAACACAAUUGUUGGAAACCAUCGAUGAUCUGAUGAAACAGAGUCCCGAUCUGUUCCGAAACGAGCCAAGUGUAAAGCCAGAGAAGACCCUAAUGACACCAACACCUCCAAGACGUAACAGGUCAUCAAAAUCUCGAUCCCGUUCGGCAACACCGGAGAACAUGGAAGCGCGUGCAGCGAGUGACGCCGCGGCCACUGCAGCACGUUUGCGCCGCCUCACCGAUGAACUACGAGCCUCGCGCAUAGCUGAACGGCAGCGCAGACAACAGGCGAACCCAAGACGAGCAAUGUCUACGGAACCACGAGACACGCUUUCCGUAACACCAACUUCUCGGGCGCCAUCGCGUGUACCAUCACUAAAGAAACGGUCCAUAUCGCUAGAGCAAACUACUAAAGAACAGAGCGCUAUUUGGAAAAUAGUUGACGAUAGCAGCGUCUCGUCGAUGCAGUCUCUAGACGGCGAUUCUGAAAUGCGACUGUUCACAAUGCAACGAGACACAAGUCUGGACAGUCGACUAUCUGGCGGUUCCGCCCAAAGUGACGUAUUGCCUUCGGAGAAGAAGAAAAAGAAGGGACUCUUCGGUAAAUUGAAGAACCUCACCAAAUCGCGCUCUAUCGACGAUCACGUUGAUACCGAUGUGGUGGACUUCAGACCAAUCGGGACUGUGUCACAGGGAUCUGAUUCUGAUAUGAGUGCAGCUGGUAGCAAGCGUGAUCUGCGCGGUCGACUAUCCGGAAUGUUUAGCAGAAAGCAACCGAGCCGAGCUAAUAGCAAAGAGCUGAGUCCAGAGCGGCCGAGUAGUGCAGCGGGCAGUACGACGGGGGCCAGUGGCACUAAACCAAUACUGCGAAACGCUAGCGCUAACACAUUGUCACGCACUCAGCCCGCUAAACUGAGUGAAUCUCCCACCACAAGGGCGUCGAGCGCUACACCCGCCGCAAAGAGGAAAGGGAAAUAAUUGAAGAAUAUAAUAUAAUUUUUCGCUUUUUAUUGUAUUUAUCCAACCUCCUAUGAAUAUUCCACAUAGCAUGU